AUGGAGGUCGUGGCUGUGGAGUGUUGGUGGAUAUUUAGAGGUGACAAUGUAAUGGUUUGGGUGCUUGUGAUUUCGAAGAUGAUGAGGAGGACGGGCAGUGAAGUUUUGACGAUGGUGGUGGCAAUGGCAAGCAGCGGCCGAAGUGAUGGAGGACCUAGCCUAGACAAUCGGAUCGAGAAAGAGCAGGGGAAGGAACAUAGAGGAAGACAUGCCAGGGAGAGAAACAGAGAAAGAGGAGAAGUGGGGAAAGCGAGGGGAAGAAUUUCCAAAUUCAGCCUACCAGAGUCAAAUGGAGGCUUGAAUCAGCAGAGGACAUCGAUAUGCAAUGCGGUUGCUGUUGCUGGCUAUCUAAAUGCAACAAUUGUAAUUCCCCAUGUUCAUUUUCACAGCAUUUGGAGAGAUCCUAGGAAAUAUGAAUAUGAACAUGGGUGUCGUAUUCGAUACGAUGUAGAUACAGGGAUACAACGAAGGUCGAAAAUAUGGAGCAUUAGUACAACAAAGUUCGAAAAUAUAGGAAACAGCAAAUUUGAAGAUAUUUAUGAUGCAGAUUAUUUUGUUAGAACCUUGGAAAAUUAUGUGCGGGUGGUUGACAAGAUCCCUGGGUACAUAAUGGAACGUUUUGACCAUAAUGUGAGUAAUGUAUACAACUUUCGAGUGAAGGCGUGGUCAUCCAUCCAAUCCAAUAUUACAGGGAUACCGUUCUCCCGAAGCUACCUGAAGAAAAGGGCAUAA